CACGAGCUUCCCUCAGUUCAGACUGCCGGUCCCUGCAUGGCAACAGGAGCGAGGGAUUCCCCCCUGCCCGUCGCCCAAAUCUGUCUUCCCGUUCAGCAUUGUUUUAGCUUUAAAAAUGCACCAGUCUGGCAGCUUUAACCCAUUAGCGGCGGCAUGUUUUGGAACCAAAGUAUAACGCGCGACGCGGAGCAAAAACUUUAAAACCGGGGGAUAUUUAAGCAGUGCUGUCACACCUUGAGAAGAAUAUUUUUAAGGACUCCGCAUAUAAAUUCUAAGUGAUGAGGUGUGGACCUUGACAAACUUUAAUGACAACAUCCGACCGAUUAACAUCUGCUUAUGGACUACAACAGGCUGCGCUCGCUCGUCCAGGAUCAGCCCGCAAGGAUUUACAUUAUUUUCUGUUUAAUUUCAGGCAGCCUCCAAAUGACGUCGAGAUGGCAUUAGGUGGAACCCUUCUGCCCUCCAUAUCCACCUUUGCCAGCGGCCCCACUGUCAAGAGUAAAUCUAUAGGAAGCGCCAAUUUAAGAUGGAAGGAGGAGUUGUCCCAUCUUAAGAGAUCCAGUGUGCCAGACGAAAGCAGCUGCCCUGACCCAGACCAUCCCACUGCCACCAGCAUAAGCACCAGCAUGUCCAAGAAAGACACAGAGCCAGACCUGGACUUAGACUAUGACUUUAUUUUGUCCAACUCUAUUCUGCAGCAACAGCAACAACAGCAGCAGCAACAACAACAGGAGGAUGCCAUGGCAUGCACCUCUGCUCAGGCCCUGUCUCCUUCCCCUGGGUCUUUCACCUCAUCUUACCCUCUCCCUUCCCCUCAGGGAACUGCCAGUGAGCUGCUCUAUACCAUCCCAGACAUUAAUGAUGUUUCGCCCUCCGGAGGCUUUGUGGCCGAGCUCAUGAGACCCGAGCUGGAUCCGGCUUACCUCCAACCUACGAGCCUCCAUGGCAAGUUUGUAGUCAAGACAACAAUGGACAUGGGAGAUUACAGCCAAGGCAUGAGCAUUAGCAAAGCCUGCGUUAACGCUGUAUCAGACCCAGCUCCCUCACGUGCCUCAUCAUCCUUUACGUGCCACAGGAUAAAGCAGGAAAACCCCAGUAAUUGCACCAUCUCACAACCCAUAGACCUACACCUGGCUGGAGUAAACUCCCAGGGACGAGGGAGCCAACAGCAGCGCCCCAGCCACUUGGAUCUACACGGGUUCCAUGGCGGAGGGCGCUCCAUGACAAGCAGCAGGUUAUCCUCAUCCUCUUCCCUCUCCCCAGACCAUCCUCUGAGCCGGGAGCACCAGGUGUUGGGCCAUUCCCUCUCUCAGAUCCCUCUACCUCCACAGGGAUACCACCACAGUUCGCCACCGGGGUACACCUCCUACCCUCAGACAUCAUCGAUGCAGUACCAAGAAUCCCUCAUGAUCUCCACUGGGGAUUGCCUGCCGGAGGAGCCAAAGCCUAAACGUGGUCGGCGAUCCUGGCCGAGGAAGAGAGUGGCAACGCACACGUGUGACUUUGUCGGCUGUGGGAAAACAUACACAAAGAGCUCGCACCUUAAAGCACACCACCGCACACACACAGGGGAGAAGCCUUACCACUGCGACUGGGAGGGCUGUGGCUGGAAGUUUGCGCGUUCGGAUGAGCUCACUCGCCACUACAGGAAACACACAGGCCACCGGCCGUUUCAGUGCCAAAAAUGCGACCGGGCGUUUUCAAGGUCAGAUCACCUAGCUCUCCAUAUGAAGAGACACUUAUGAGACUUGGUGGAUGAAGGCUCCAGGGGGAAAUAUAUGUAUGUUAGCAGAACCCCGAACAAACCUGUGACCUACACUUUUUUUUUUUUUUUUUUUUUAAACCAUGAUUUGCCUUCAAGCCGGCAUCGAGCAACAAGACAAGCUGUGGUAUUCAUGGCAAGAAAGAGCAUUGGACCUUUAAAGAGCCAAGAAUUUCUCUCAAGACUGAUCCCAUGCUCGCACGUUGCGCAGGUGAUUCGACAAGACCUCUCAGCCAAGGUUGUAAACUUUUAUGAAAGGGACCAAACUGGAAUUUGUGUUAUUUAACCGACAAAACUUGGAGGACCAGGUGCCAACUGCUUUCGAACUGGAAAUGUAUUUUUGUCAGGGAAACCAGGAGCAACAGAAAAACAUCUCCAGAGGCCUUCUACCAGCAACAUGUCUUCAUAGGCCCUGUUAACGACACACUGUAUAAUUAAAUGCAUAUAUAUUUAUAUACAUAUUUCACCUGCAAUGCCAUUGAUUUCAGGUACAAUGUUAAUUUAUACAGAAUGGUGCUCAGUAACUCUGAAGGUUUUUUAAUGAAAGGUACCAAAGAUUAUGAAAAAAAAAAAAUACAUAAAGGGUGAAAUAAAAAAAAAAA